AUGUUUUCACCGACCUUCACCACAGAUUCUCGUUCAAAACAUGCUCGUUUACAAUCAAUUGAUUAUCAUAUAAGACCACAUUCAAAACGAAAGGUUGCUUACUUUCAUCAUAAAGAAGUUGGAAAUUUUCAUUUUGGUAUGCAACAUCCAAUGAAACCUCAUAGGCUAACCUUGACUAAUGACUUGGUUCUCAAUUAUCGAAUGCAUGAAAAAAUGAGUGUUUUUUGUCCAGAAAAAGCUACUGAUAAGGAUCUAGUCGAAUUUCAUGAAGCUGAUUAUAUAAAUUUUUUAAAAAAGGUGACUCCUGAUAAUUCAAAUAAAUUUAUAGAUGAGUUUCAAAAAUACAAUAUCAAUGAAGAUUGCCCAGUAUUUGAAGGAUUAUAUGAUUUUUGUAAAAUUUAUGCCGGUGCCUCCAUUGCAGCAGCAAAUCGAUUAGUAGCAGGUGGCGCUGAUAUAUGUGUAAAUUGGAGCGGUGGAUUGCAUCAUGCAAAAAGACUUGAAGCUUCAGGAUUUUGUUUUGUUAAUGAUAUAGUAUUAGCUACACAAUAUUUGUUAAGGUACUAUCCUCGUAUUUUGUAUAUUGAUAUUGAUGUUCAUCAUGGUGAUGGUGUACAAGAAGCAUUUUAUAAUACUGAUCGAGUGAUGACUGUAUCAUUUCAUAAAUAUGAUAAAGACAAUUUUUUUCCUGGGACUGGUAAUUUGAAUGAGAUUGGGCAAGGUCCAGGAAAAUUUUUCUGUCUAAAUGUUCCAUUGAAAGAUGGAAUUGAUGAUGAUAGUUAUGUUUCACUUUUUAAGGAAGUUAUACAGGAUGUAAAUGAUCGUUAUCAUCCAAGUGUAGUGGUUUUUCAAUCUGGUGCUGAUUCAUUGGGAAAAGAUAGACUUGGUGGAUUCAAUUUGAGUAUAAAAGCACAUGGAGAAUGUCUUCGAUUUAUAAAAGAAUGGAAUCUUCCAUUACUAGUACUUGGUGGCGGUGGAUAUAAAAUACAUAAUGUUGCACGUUGUUGGACUUAUGAAACUAGCAUUUUGUUAGAAACAGAACUACCAACAGAAUUACCAAAGAAUUCAAAAUAUUUUCAUUUUUUUGCUCCAGACUAUUCAUUACAUCCAAAUCUAAUCAGAAGAGUAGAUAAUUUCAACACAAAAUCCGAAUUAUCAAAAUUAACUCAACUAGUUCACGAGCAAUUAAGAUUCUUAGAUGGUGCUCCCAGUGUACAGAUGCAAGAGAUUCCUGGUGAUUCACAUGAAUAUUUGGAGGAAUCUGAAGAUGAAAUAAGAGACGCCAGAGAAGAACAUAAUAUCGAUGAAAGUAGAGCUAAAAACAAUAACUUGUCAAAGUUGUCCUUAGAACCGAGAAUUGGAACAGCUCCUAUUGAUGUUAAUGAGCAAGGAAUAGAAAUCUCUCAACCUAAUCUAGAAUCUACAGAAAAACUUGCUCGUCAAAUGCAAAAGGUAUGGGGAGAACGUCAAUUCCGUAAUUUGACAAUUGAAUCUUUAGAAGCUUCUGAGGAAGACACAAAAAAAACUAAAGUAAAAAAAGAAGAAAAAUCCAAAAAAGCUGUAUCUGAUUUAGAAUUAAUGAAAGAUACUAUUAAAACAUCUAUUGUACAAUCAUACAGUGAAAUUAAUGUUGGUAUUGAUGUAUUAAAUUUAAUACUAUCAGAAACUCGUCAGAACUUUGUUCCUACAAAUCCACUUCCAAUCCCGGCUGGUAUAAUCCAACACAAAUAUCAUAGUUAUACUCAACCAAAUACAAUUUCACAAAUUCAGAACACAAAAUUGAUGUUGGGAAUGAAGCGUAAGGUUGGGAUUUUAAUAUUGAUUUUUGUUGAAGUAAUUGGAUAUGAAUAUGUAAAAAGUUUUGAAAAAGAUGAUUCGUUAUUGCCUAACACUUGGAUGGUUUUACGUAUAGAUGGAAGAGGUUUUCACAAGUUUUCGGAUAAGCAUAAAUUUGAAAAACCAAAUGAUAAAGCAGCUUUAGAUCUUAUGAAUAAGUGUGCACAAUCAAUUAUGAAUGAAUUUCAUGAUAUAAUAUUAGCAUAUGGACAAAUAAUUGUUAGUCAAUUUUCUUCUAAUUAUGUAUAUUAUUGGAAAGAUUAUCUUCCAUCAAAAGAAUUAUUAUAUCCACCCUCAUUUGAUGGUAGAAUCGUAAUUUAUCCUAGUGAUAAUAAUUUACGAGAUUAUUUAUCUUGGAGACAGGGAACAGUUUCAUCAGAUAAAAAUGAACUAUUAUUUUCUAAAUUUAAUAUAAAUUAUAAUAAAUUACCAGAAAUGUUUCGUAAAGGUUCUUUAUUAAUUCAUCAAAAGAUUGAAGAAAAAACCAUAAAUCAAAAAGGUUUAGAAGUUACAAGGGGAAAAAAUGUUGUUCCAAUAUUACAUGUUGAUAUUAUUAAAGAUGAGUUUUGGGAAAUUCAUUUAGAACUUGGAAUUAAAAUAUAA